CGUGUUGUGAUCUUGAUAUAAGAGGCAAAUUUCUCCGAAUCGUUUUUUAUUAUUUUUUUUAAUUAUUUUAUUUAUUUAUUUUUUUUUUUGUCGAAUAUUCGCGUGGGUUUGUGCGUGUUUAUUAUUUACAGACGGUUAAGAUUUGUCUCAAUCUGGCAACCCUGAGGCUUUCCUGCACAUGUAGCGGUGAGCAGGAGUGAUCCUUCCUCUCCUCAGCACGUUUCCACUCUAACUCCUCACACAGCACACUGAGGGACAACCAGCUGGACAUGGGGUUGUCCACGUCUCUGUCGGUGUUGACUUGUCCUCCUUUUCUCCCUCACUCAUCGCAGGAGGAAUGAAGGAGGACAGAAAUCUCAGCCACUUGCAUUGCGCGCUGGAGGAAUGACGCUGCGUAAAGAGUGCUGGAGAAUGGGGAAAACUCACUCUUUCACAAACAUCCACUUCAUAUGAGCUGCACUUUCACAAGAGUUUGGCCAUGAGGACACUGCAAACCGAGUUUAUUCUGCGAUUAAUCGACUAAAGUUUGGGAACGCACGCACACACACCUGCUCCGGACCAAACAUGAGGUGCAGCCAGGACUGAACACUGAAAGCGAGGAGCUCAGGUGCUGAAGAUGGAGUGUGCGUUGGUGGGAUCACUUUGGCUGCCCCUUUUGGUUCUGCUCAGCGGAGUGUCUUUAGGAGUCGUGGAACUGGAGAUGGUUCCUCAGCAUGGAGGAUCACCUGCUCUUAAGAACAUCACCCUGGCUGUAAUCUUACCCCUCCAUAACACUGAGUACCCAUGGGCAUGGCCUCGAGUGGGUCCUGCUCUAAACUGGGCUGUGGAGAAGGUCAACUCGGACCCCACACUGCUUCCAGGCCACCGCAUGCGCCUCGUCUUCAGCAGCAGUGAGAACAAGGAGGGUCUGUGCUCCGACUCAGUGGCGCCCCUCGUGGCCGUGGACCUGAAGUUUGCCCAUGACCCGUGGGCCUUCAUUGGGCCGGGCUGUGACUAUGCGUCGUCACCCGUCGCCCGCUUCACCACGCACUGGGAGGUGCCCAUGGUGACGGCUGGAGCGCCGGCUUUGGGGUUUAGCUUGUACUCUUCCAUCACAAACACAGGACCAACGCAUGAGAAACUGGGCCAGUUUGUGGUGAAGAUGCACAGAGACUUCGGCUGGCAAAAGUACGCCAUGUUCAUGUUCCAUGACCAGAAGAAUGACGACCGGCCGUGCUACUUUGCUGUGGAGGGACCGUAUACGGAGAUGAGAGACGAAAACAUCACAGCUGAGCACAUUGUGUUUAACGAGGAUGAGACUGUUUCCUACGCUGAUCUCAUUAACGAUAUUAGCCAGCAAGCACGCGUGGUGUACGUUUGCUGUAAGCUGCAGACAUUCAGGAAGCUGAUGGUGCAGUUCAAGAAGCAGCGGCUUCCCCAGGAGGAAUACGUCUUUUUCUUCAUUGAUCUGUUCGGAGAGAGUGUGCAGAGACGUCCGGCUAAACCGUGGGCUCAAGGAGAUGCAGACGAUGACACUGCCAAGGAAGCCUUUAAAAGUGUGAAGAUUUUGACCUACAGAGAGCCCCAGAACACAGAAUACAAAAACUUUGUGUCCAAGUUGAAGACAGAUGCCAAGAAAAUGUUCAACUUCAGCAUGGAUGACUCACUGAUGAACCUGAUAGCCGGAGGCUUCCAUGAUGGAGUGCUGCUCUACUCUCAUGCCCUGAACGAGACUAUGAACCAGUCAGGACAGAAACCACCGGGUAAUGUGGUCACCAAGAGGAUGUGGAACCGUACUUUCCAUGGUGUCACAGGGCUGAUGGAGAUGGAUAAGAAUGGCAACCGAGAAAUCGAUUUUGCUCUCUGGGACAUGAAUGACACCGACUCCGGAGUUUAUCAGAUUGUGUCAGUGUAUAACAGCAGUCUGAAGCAGAUGAUUCCUGAGCCGGGGAUGAAGGUGCACUGGCUGAAAGGCGUUCCUCCUCCUGACAUCCCAGUGUGUGGCUUUAAGAACGACAAUCCUUCCUGUCUGGCCAGAACGGUCACCAUGCAUCAGAUGAUCUCAAUAGUAGUGUGCUUCAUCUUCAUCAUCAUCGUCACUGUCACAGUCUUCGUCUGCAGAAAGGUGAAGUUGGAGAACGAGUUAGCGGCACAGCUGUGGAGGGUGCACUGGGAGGACAUUCAGAUUAAUAACCUGGAGAAAGCACUGCGUAGGACAUGCAGCAGAUUGACACUAUCGCUGAGAGGCUCCAAUUAUGGCUCACUGCUUACCAUGGAGGGAAAUGUUCAGAUCUAUGCCAAGACCUGUUACUACAAGGGAAACAUAACAGCCAUUAAGUAUAUCAACAAGAAGCGUAUCGAGCUCACCAGGAAGGUGCUGUUUGAACUCAAACAUAUGCGUGAUGUUCAGAAUGAACACCUGACCAGAUUUAUUGGAGCCUGCAUAGAUGCCCCAAACAUGUGCAUCCUCACCGAGUACUGCCCAAGGGGCAGCUUACAGGACCUCAUGGAGAUUGAGAGUAUUACACUGGACUGGAUGUUCCGGUAUUCUCUGAUCAAUGACAUUGUCAAAGGAAUGUCAUUCCUCCACGACAGUGUGAUCGUCUCCCAUGGCAACCUGAAGUCCUCCAACUGCCUAGUGGAUAGCCGCUUCGUGCUGAAGAUCUCAGACUACGGGCUGGUCAGCUUCCGCAAUGAGAGCAGCUCUGAGGACACACACGCUUACUACGCACGUAAGCUGUGGACAGCUCCGGAGCUGCUGCGAGCAGAGAGCAGGCGAGCGUGUGGCACUCAGAAGGGAGACGUGUACAGUUUCGGCAUUAUCCUGCAGGAACUGGCUCUCCUCAAGGGAGUUUUCUACCUGGACGGCCCUACACUCAGCCCUAAACAGAUCGUGGAGCGUGUGGCAGACGGACGAUGGCCGUACCUGCGCCCCCUGCUGUGCACUCAGAGCCACAGUGAAGAGCUGGGUCAGCUGAUGCAGCGCUGCUGGGCAGAGGAACCCAGCGACAGGCCUGAUUUUAACCAGAUCAAAGUGUUGCUACGCAAACACAACAGAGGCUAUGGCUCCAACAUCCUGGAUAAUCUGCUCUCGCGCAUGGAGCAGUACGCGAAUAACCUGGAGGAGCUGGUGGAAGAGAGGACACAGGCCUAUCACGAGGAGAAACGCAAAGCUGAAGCACUACUCUAUCAGAUCCUGCCUCACUCGGUGGCGGAGCAGCUGAAAAGAGGCGAGACGGUGCAGGCCGAAGCCUUCGACUCGGUCACUAUUUACUUCAGCGAUAUAGUGGGCUUCACUGCUCUGUCUGCAGAGAGCACGCCUAUGCAGGUGGUGACUUUGCUGAACGACCUGUACACGUGCUUCGACGCCAUCAUUGACAACUUUGACGUUUAUAAGGUGGAGACUAUCGGUGAUGCGUACAUGGUCGUAUCAGGACUUCCUGUGAGGAACGGGAAGCUGCAUGCACGAGAAAUCGCUCGUAUGUCUCUGGCCCUCCUCAAAGCCGUGCACACCUUCAGGAUCCGCCAUCGGCCUGAUCAGCAGCUCCGCCUGCGCAUCGGCAUUCACACCGGCCCUGUAUGUGCUGGGGUUGUUGGACUGAAGAUGCCGAGGUAUUGUUUGUUUGGUGACACGGUUAACACAGCUUCACGCAUGGAGUCAAAUGGGGAAGCACUAAAAAUCCAUGUAUCAGAGGCGACGCAAUUAGUGCUGCAAGAGUUCAACUGCUUCCAGCUGGAGCUGAGAGGAGACGUGGAAAUGAAGGGCAAAGGAAGGAUGAGGACCUACUGGCUCCUGGGAGAGAGCAUGGCCAAGCACGCCUGAGCAGAACGCCUGAGCAGCACACAGGAGGAAGCACGAGUGGAGAAAUAUAUACGAUCAUGUAGCAGAAAUGUUUAGAGGCACAAACGGCCCUGACGACAGCGAGAGAGAGAGGGAGAGAGAGAGAGAGAGAGAAGCACGGUGAUGGAACUGCAGGGUGGAGCUGCACAGGUUUGAGGAUAUGAUGUCCCAGAAAUUCCUUUUCAGGCUGCGUUGGGUUAAAAUAAACAAAAUCAGCACCAUUUGCAGGAAUGGAAGGUUGAUGUAAAGGACUAACAAUUUCAAGCAGCAGGAGAGCAUCAUCUAGUGGUGUGAAGUCACACGUGUCUUUUUAAUUUUUUUUUUUUUUUUAAGUUUUCGUAGGAUGGCUCGGGAGUUUUGUCGUCAUAUUUGAGUAGUUUCAUUUGUGAAAAGAUGGAGAAGAAAUGGUGUUUGUUUUCCCCUUGAAAUGAAAAUUGGCAGGAAGUUGGGGAUGGUUGUGUAUCAUAAUAUAUUAUAUUAUAUUGUGAUAGAGUUUGGAAAAUUUCACCCCUUGUGUGUUUAAAGUGUUCAUUUUCCUAUUAAAUGCCCUUUAGUUCACUUCAAAUAGACUGACCUUUGUGUUUUCCUAUUUUAUAUACUUGCCACCAGUGCUUGAAUUAUUUGUGUUAUUUGUGUAGGCAUGUGCCAGUAUUUAUGAUAUCAUGAUAUUUAUCAUACACAACAUUGUUAAAAGCACUCCAGUAUUGUAUUUUAGGAAAUUUAGUUGGGCAUUAUUUGUUCUCACAAGACAAAGUCAGCGGUCCUUAUUUUGACCAUAUUUAAAUGUGCAUAAAAAUUACAAAAAAAAAAAUAGUGUUAUAAAUAAAAAUAAAAAAUAGUGACAGCUGUACUUUAAGAAUACUUAAAUAUUUGUCCAAAAUAAUGUAGAAAAUUUAUUCAAUCUUUAAACUUGCAGCAUUAAAAACCAUUAAAGCCUGUUGUAGCUCAUCCACCUCAUAGUUUGAUGUGUUGUGUGUUCUGAGAUGCUUUUCUGCUCAGCACGGUAGUAAAGAGUGGUUAUUUGAGUUACCGUAACCUUUCUGUCAGCUCCCACCAGUCUAGCCAAUCACCCCUGACCUCUCUCAUCAACAAGGCGUUUCUGCUUACAGAACUGCUGCUCACUGGAUGUUUUUUGUACCAUUCUGUGUAAACUCAAAAAAGUUUUAAAAAGUUUUGUGUGCAAAUCCCAGGAGAUCAGCAGUUUCUGAAAUACUCAAAUAAGCUUGUUUGGCACCAACAACCAUGCCAAAGUUGUUGAGAUCAUUUUCCUCCCCCAUUCUGAUGGUUAAUGUGAAAAUUAAUUGAACUUGUAUCUGCAUGAUUUAAUGCACUGCUGCCACCUGAUUGGGAAUAUUAUAAUUAUGGUAAUAGUGUAAAAUAAUAAUAAAAGGUUUUGGAGUUAUCAUGACACAUAAUAUUGGCACAUGCCUAUGGUUUUGUCAUUUCACCUUUGAAUAUAGUUUAUUUACUAAACAUUAAAAUUCUGGUUCAAAAUGAAAGCUCAAGCUAAGACAGCAUGUGUGCAGAAAAGACCUAUUGUGCUAGACGCUACGCCGGAUCAUCUCUCCACACCUUCCUGCGGACGCUGUGGCGAAAGCCUGUACAGAACAUCCACGUGCCAGCUCAUGGACUCCAUAGACACACUGAUUGUAUAUGACCAGCUCAAGUGCUCACACACCUGUAGUUCCUUUUGAAAAGAGUAUACAUGUGUGUAUUUAGAACAGAGUUAAACAAAAGUUUGCCAAAUCCUGAACUUGUAAUCAUACUGUAACACUCAAACUCUAUGAACACACCACAGCAAGCUGAAUUCAUGUGGUAAAGACGUGUGUUUUAUAAUGUGAUAUAUAAGUGCAGCUCAGUGUUUUGUUUUGUUUUUUUUUUCUUUUUAGGAAGGGCUUCAAUCUUGUGUUCGUUUCUAUUAGUUGUCUCAAAAUUGUGCUUCAGGAAAAGUGACUCAGUAGGAGAUUUUUAAAAAUCUAAAAUAUAUGUUAGAAAUACAUUACUGUGAGUGUUCAUGUACUUUAUGGUGUGAGUGAGCUUUUGUAAAAAACCAACAAUAAACUGUAAAUACCAGAGUCUUACAUGUAA